AUGCUGCCCUGCUUCCAGCUGCUGCGCAUGGGGGGGGGCGGGGGCGGGGACCUGUACACGUUCCGGCCGGCGGGGACCGGCUGCACCUACCGCCUGGGCCGGCGGGCGGACCUCUGCGACGUGCCGCUCCGCUCGGAGCGAGAGCCCGGCCGGGUGUCCCGGGUGCACGCCGAGCUGCACGCCGAGCGGGACGCCCAGCGGGACGGAGACUGGAGGGUCAGCCUGGUGGACUGCAGCAGCCACGGCACCUCCGUGAACGACGUCCGGCUCCCACGGGGCCGGCGGGUGGAGCUGGAUGACGGCGACCUCCUGACCUUUGGCUCCGAGGGGGGCCCCGGCGCCGAGCCCCCCGAGUUCUGCUUCAUGUUCCAGCGCGUCCGGGUCCGGCCCCAGGACUUCGCCGCCAUCACCGUGCCCCGGGCCGUGGGGGUCGGGGGCGGCUUCCGGCCCAUGCUGCCCUCCCGGGGGGCCCCCCAAAGGCCCCUGAGCGCCCCGUCCCCUUCCCCCAAGGCCACCCUGAUUCUCAGCUCCAUCGGGAGCCUCAGCAAACUGCGGCCUCAGCCCCUCACCUUCUCCCGGGGCGGGGGGCCCGUGGAGGCGCCGGCCCCCGCCCCGGCCGUCGGAGGAAAGGGGGCCCCAGACGUUCCCCCGGCCCCCCGCAAUCGGCGCAAGUCGGCCCACAGGGUCCUGGCCGAGUUGGAGGACGAGGGGGUGCCCGGGGAGAGCCCCCCGGCCGCUCGGCCCGGCCCCCGCAAGAAGCCGCGGAUGGAGAGGACGCCCGUCACCCCCGGCGGGAAGCGUCGCGGGCGGCCCCGGAAGUACCCCAUAGCCCCAGUGCCCGGGGGAGACCCCUGCGCCGCUCCCCGCUGCCGGCUGCCGCAGGACGAGACGGUGACCUGGGUCCAGUGUGACCACUGCGAUGCCUGGUUCCACGUGGCCUGCGCUGGCUGCAGCUACCGGGCUGCCCAAGAGGCCGACUUCCGCUGCCCCACGUGCCGGGCCUGA